AUGGAGUUCUAUUUCUUCGAGAUAUCGUUGGCGAUUGUUGCGGUAAGAAACUUGAAUGCCUCUGAAUCUCUUGCUUCAUCAUCAGAACCUCUUCGCUGGAAGUAUAAUGUGUUUUUGAGUUUCAGGGGUCCUGACACUCGCAAAGGGAUUACAGCCCAAAUACGCGAUCGACUUCAUAGAAGUGGCAUUAUAACGUUCAUGGAUGAACCAGAUCUUAAAGUAGGGGAUACUAUUUCGCCCACCCUCAUAAAGGCAAUUAAAGAGUCGAGGUUUGCAAUCAAGAACAGUUUCGAAGAUGCUUUCUCUAAGCAUGAAACCUGUGGCCGACAUGAAUCAGACAAGUUGAAUCAAUGGAGGGCUGCCUUAAGCAAAGUGGCCAAUAUCUCAGGGUGGAACACAAAUAAUUUCAAGACUCACGAAGAACUUGUUGACGACAUUGUGGAAUCUGUCUGCAGUAAAGUACCACCUGAUGCAAUUGAAUCCACAAGAGAUUUCCAAGAAUAUGAAGCAACAACACAAGCCAUGAACAAGGUUAAAAAGGCGCUAACUAAUGACGAGACCACUGCCGUUGGUGUCUACGGCAUGGGCGGCGUUGGGAAGACAAGCAUGGACACAUUGGCAGAUCUGCUGGGCUUCGAAUUAAAAGAGAAGACAGAAGCUGGAAGAGCAGAUAAGUUGCAUAAGGAGAUAUGAGAAAUGAAAAACUCCUGAUAAUUGUGGAUGAUGUUGGGAGAGAACAGAGUUGUCAAAGAUAGGGAUUCCCCCCU